AUGUCUCGAACUGGGCACGCCAGGGAGGAAGCUGAAGCUUAUGCAAAUGAACUAAAUAGAAAGAGGAUUCUUCAAACUGAUAACGAUCAUGAGAACAACGAAAAUGGAUCUGAUAAAAUUGCAUUUGGAGCCGCAGGACACUAUGACACUGAUGUAUAUGGAAGUGUUCGCGGUAAUAGAAGUGGAAAAUAUCUCGAUUCAAUCAAUACUGCAGAAGAAGAUGACAUAGAUGAAGACACCAUAGCGCCGAUGCCCAAAAAAGCAGUUAAUGCUCCAGCGAAGUUCAUUCAAGAAGCGGCUCACACUGGUGGAGAUGAACCUGAUCCGUUCGCAGAAACAAGAACGAAGACUAUCAUAGAACGCCAAGCUUCAAAGUAUGCAGAACGUGCUCGACACAGAGCUAUUUCUCCCGAUAGAGUUGAUGCUUUUAUUGAUCAAACUCCUGACCAAAGGAAUCGUGGAUAUGCGGAGAUUAUGAAGGAGCAGCAGUACAAAGAGGAAAAAGGGAAAGUCGAGAAAGAAAUCGCUGAUCGCAUCAAAUCCGGUGAACUGCAGUCUGUUGCCGCACCCGAGCGGAAGAAGGGUCGUUGGGAUGAGACUCCCACUCAUGAGGUCCUCGGAGCAGGAUCUGCGACACCUUCCAAUGCAACUCCUGGUGGUGCACCUCGUAAACGACUUGGAAUUUCUAGUAUUAGUGCAGAUGCAGCUACUCCUCAUGUUGCACGAUGGGAGGAAACCCCAGCUCACGCAAACGCUACAGAUGCGACACCUUCUAUUAACAGAUUCGACUCGACUCCUUCUACUCAAACUCCACGCAGGAACCGUUGGGACGAGACUCCCCGUGAGAGUGUGCGUGAUCCGGGAGCUAUGACUCCUGGUUGGGGAGUAGACACGCCUGCUCGCGGAGCUACUGAUGACGUAAAAGUUGAGGACACACCAUCAGCCUCAAAACGACGUUCACGAUGGGACUUGACACCGUCACAAACCCCAGCUACCGGUUCUGCUACGCCACAACCUGGAGCAGCAACGCCAUCGUUCACACCAAGCCAUGGAAGCACUCCUGCUGGAGCGCUGACUCCCGGAGGCGCUACUCCGCUAGGAACUCCAGCAAUGGGUAUGAAAACUCCGGCGGCACCAGUUGCAAUGACACCGGAGCAAAUGAAGAGUUUCUUGUGGGAAAAGGAACUUGAUGACAGGAACCGCGCACUCAGCGAUGAGGAAUUGGACGCGCUUUUCCCUCCGGGAUACAAGAUUCUACCGCCGCCUGCAGGCUACAUGCCUUUGAGAACUCCCACUCGUAAACUCAUGGCAACACCUACUCCACUAGGUGGUGUCGGUGGUGGAGGAUUUUUUAUGCAAGGAACUCCCGAGAGAGAUGGGCUUGGUGACAAAGGUGUCGGUGGAAUUCUGGAUACUCAGCCAAAGAAUCAAGACCUCCCGCCGUUGAAACCGGACGAUAUGCAAUACUUCGACAAACUGUUGAUGGACGUUGACGAAAGUACACUAACCAAGGAAGAGUUGAAUGAGCGUGAAAUUAUGACACAUUUGUUGAAGAUCAAGAACGGUUUGCCACCACAGAGAAAAAGCGGGCUGAGAAAGAUUACGGAAAAUGCUAGGAAGUAUGGUGCAGGACCGCUGUUUAACCAGAUCCUCCCACUUCUUAUGUCACCAUCAUUGGAAGAUCAAGAGCGACAUCUGAUGGUUAAGGUAAUCGACCGUAUUCUGUACAAGUUGGAUGACUUGGUUCGUCCAUAUGUCCACAAAAUUCUCGUAGUCAUUGAACCACUUCUGAUUGAUGAGGAUUAUUACGCCCGAGUUGAAGGACGUGAGAUCAUAUCGAACUUGGCUAAGGCAGCCGGCUUGGCUACGAUGAUCUCUACUAUGAGGCCUGAUAUUGACAACGUUGAUGAAUAUGUCCGAAACACGACUGCUCGUGCAUUUGCGGUCGUGGCCUCUGCUCUCGGUAUUCCGGCUCUGCUUCCCUUCCUUAAAGCUGUUUGUAAAAGUAGGAAGAGUUGGCAAGCGAGACAUACAGGUAUCAAAAUUGUACAACAAAUGGCCAUUCUUAUGGGAUGCGCCGUACUCCCGCAUCUUAAGGCUCUUGUUGAAAUUGUAGAAGGUGGUCUGGAAGACGAACAGCAAAAAGUGCGCACCAUUACUGCCCUAUGUUUGGCUGCCCUAGCUGAAGCUGCUACACCGUACGGUAUCGAAGCGUUCGACUCCGUGCUAAAACCACUGUGGAAGGGUAUUCGAAUGCAUCGUGGUAAGGGUUUGGCUGCUUUCCUCAAAGCGAUUGGAUAUCUCAUCCCUCUUAUGGACGCCGAGUAUGCUUCUUAUUAUACUAAGGAAGUGAUGCUUAUUCUCAUUAGGGAGUUUGCUUCACCUGAUGAGGAAAUGAAGAAGAUUGUACUGAAGGUCGUUAAGCAAUGUUGCGCCACGGAUGGUGUGGAAGCUCCUUAUAUUCGUGACGAGAUUUUGCCCCACUUUUUCAAAGCGUUUUGGACACAGAGAAUGGCUAUGGAUAGAAGGAAUUACAGACAGUUGGUAGAUACUACUGUGGAAAUGGCUCAGAAGGUGGGAAGUGCUGAAAUGAUUGCAAGAAUUGUUGACGAUUUGAAGGAUGAGAAUGAGCAGUACAGGAAAAUGGUAAUGGAGACAGUUGAAAACAUUGUGGCUUUACAAGGUGCCAACGAGAUCGAUUCUCGCCUGGAGGAGCAGUUGAUUGAUGGUAUUUUGUAUGCCUUCCAAGAACAAACACAAGAAGACGCCGUUAUGCUUGAUGGUUUCGGUACCGUAUGUAAAGGUCUCGGAAGGCGCACGAAACCGUACCUUCCACAGAUCUGUGGUACCAUUUUGUGGCGUUUGAACAACAAAUCUGCAAAAGUUCGACAACAGGCCGCCGAUCUUAUUGCACGGGUUGCUCCUGUAAUGCAUAUCUGUGAAGAAGAGAAACUUAUGGGACAUUUGGGUGUUGUACUGUAUGAGUACCUUGGAGAAGAGUAUCCAGAGGUGCUUGGUUCUAUCCUGGGUGCCCUAAAAUCGAUUUGUAAUGUGAUUGGAAUGACAAAGAUGACUCCACCCAUCAAAGAUCUCUUGCCAAGGUUGACGCCAAUCUUGAAAAAUCGCCACGAAAAGGUGCAGGAGAAUUGCAUUGAUCUUGUUGGUGCAAUCGCCGAUCGUGGAUCAGAGUUCGUAUCCGCUCGUGAGUGGAUGCGUAUCUGUUUCGAACUCCUUGAAUUGCUCAAGGCACACAAGAAAAGCAUCCGUCGAGCUGCCAUUAAUACGUUUGGAUUUAUUGCCAAGGCUAUUGGUCCACAUGAUGUUCUUGCGACGCUGUUGAACAACUUGAAGGUCCAAGAACGACAACUGCGUGUGUGUACCACCGUGGCUAUAGCUAUUGUGGCCGAGACAUGUGCACCAUUCACGGUCCUACCAGCUAUCAUGAAUGAAUAUCGAGUGCCCGAAAUGAAUGUACAAAACGGAGUGCUGAAGGCGUUGUCGUUUAUGUUUGAGUACAUUGGUGAGAUGGCAAAGGAUUACAUCUAUGCUGUUACGCCUCUUCUCGUCGAUGCUAUGAUGGAACGAGACCAAGUACAUCGACAAAUUGCUAUCGAUGCUGUUGCUCAUCUCUCUCUCGGGGUUUACGGAUUUGGUUGUGAGGAUGCUUUGCUGCAUUUGUUGAAUUAUGUCUGGCCUAAUAUGCUCGAGAAUUCUCCGCAUCUCAUACAACGUUAUAUAUUUGCUUGUGAAGGAAUGCGUGUCUCAUUGGGACCUAUUAAGGUGUUACAAUACUGUCUGCAAGCUCUCUGGCAUCCUGCACGUAAGGUUAGGGAACCUGUAUGGAAGGUGUACAAUAAUCUCAUCCUCGGAUCACAGGACGCUCUUAUCGCUGGCUACCCGCGUAUUGAGGACACAGAGAAGAAUACUUUCGUCCGAUACGAGCUAGAUUACACACUUUAA